GCGAAUCAAUAUGGCCACAACAAAAACAUACUAUUUUAUGGACAGAGGAAAACGCCGAUCAUCUCUUUUUCAAAUCGCCUGUGAUCUUUCACAGUAGGCCCACGGGUUUAUAAGAUUGUGAGGAAAAUGUCACGGCACAGAAAUAUUCGGAAUUAUGCUUAUGAAGAAGAUAUGUACGAAGAUGUUUACGGUCAUUCUGUUGAAGAACAUGAUCUGUGUGUCUCGCCAACUACCGCCCAACAAUUCAUGUAUCGUCGUGGUGAGACGCAACAUCGAAACUUGUCUUCCUUCAUGGAGGAGCCAGCAGAUUACGAAGACAACAAGUACUUGGACCAGAGUGAACAUCUUGGAGCUGUGAAGGAUUAUGAAAUCCCAAAACUGAGUAGGGAGGAUGAAGCAAAACUGCUUUCCUGUAUGGAUGAAUUUCGAUCGAUUCUUGGUGACCAUUGUGACGAACAGGAGGCAAAGGCUGCCAUUUUGAAACAUAACUUUGAUUUGGAGAGAGCCCUUGAUGAAGUCUUAGAUCAAGGUGGAAAUCAGGAUUUGAAGAGCCAUAAUGUUCCUCGAAAGGAGAAAGAUGUUUUAAAAUUUGAGCAUGUCAACAAUUUGCAUUCUGAGCAUGGCUUAGGCGCGCGUUCCCAGCACGAAAUAGGUCAGGCCGGCACGAAGCAGAAUUUUGAAAAGCCGUUGCAAAAUAUAAACAAAGUGAAAAUGUUUAGCGAGCGAAGUGUUUUAAAUGCUGAAGAAACAACCGGAAAAGGAGGCCCAACCGAACAAUCGUUGUUCUCGUCUAAUGCAAAACUCCAAAAUUCCCCGUUAAAAGAAUUGUCGAGGACUGAAAAAUCUAAAAAACAAAGGGAGUCUAUCAAAUCAGUUCGUAGCAUUGCGGCGUCUAAAAAGUUGGUCGAGAACUCUUUUGUCGCCCGGGUUGUUUACGAGAAAACAGGGUCGUUGUUCGCGAAAGAAAGCUCAACUGGUUGUGGCGUGUCAAAAAACGAGGGUCGUGAUACUUUGCCGUUAGGUCAACUGUUGAAAACACACCAAACGCUUGAAAGCAAAGAUUCACAAGUUUCACCUCUUUCCAUGCAUCGUGGUUUGAAAGAAACUCAGUCGAAUAUUAGACCUACGCUUUCAUCACCCGUGAUUGGAUCACAAUUCAAGCCCUCGCUAUCAAAUUUAAGUCAAUCGACAGAAACCAAAUAUUCAUCUGGAGAUGACUUAGGGAAAACAUCAAGUUCCGACAGAAGAAAUGGUUCGUUAAUGACAUCGCCUUUGUCUGCCUCAAAAGUCCAAAACACGUCGCCUUUGAGCAAGAAACUUGCUUCAAAACAAGAGUCUAAAGAUAUGAAGGGAAUCUCAGUACAAGUUUCGACAAAGAUGCCUCCUUCACUUGUGCAUAUACCAUCCGUUGACGAGUCUUCAAUAUCGCCACUUACCCGGUUGAAAGCAGAACGGUCUUUGAAUGACAAGACAUUUGGAACGUUGUCUGGAGACAAAGCAAACACAGACAAUACAGCGAGAGCAUUGGUUCACAUACCAACAAAUGAUGGAUGCUUGGGUCGUCUUCUCAGAGCUAGACAGUCGCCUAAACGCGAUGAUUGUGUUUCGAAAGUUGGCUUAGAAAACAACAACAAUUCAAACCUCAAUAUUGGCGUAGGCGAAACAAGCGACAAAGCGAAAUCUGGGUUGUCAACGAUGAAGCCUUUGACUACCUUUCCUGUGUCCGGUAAAACUGAAAAUGCUGGUUUAUCUUCGUCGUUUUCGCGCAUGAAAAUCAAUCUCAGUGAAAAAUCAGGUAAAGAUGAGGGUUUAUCCGCAACACGAAGUGAUUCUCGUGAGUCAUCAACUAGCGAUGUUGAAGACGACUUCCUGAUCGACUUUGAACAAGAUGUUUCUUCCGGAGAGUCAGUUUUUGAAUUCCUUCAUGGUCCAAGCACGUUUGCGUGCACGUUGCUCGUUUACUACGAAAAACCCGGUCCAAAAUGGAAGCCCGAUGUGACAAGAAGAUUUCAAAAUGAUUUUGCAAUCGUACCCUUUGAUUUCAGCACGGCAUCGCCUGAUGACUUUGUCCUGGCAAAACAAAAGAAAGCUCGUUUGCAAAGAAAAUAGGUCGAAGGUAUCUUAUAGCUAAACUGUCUUUGUGAUAGAUUUCAUGAUUUCACCAAGAGACAAUGUCGCAUGGAAAUAUCUACAAGAACAUGUUUUAUUGUAAAUGGGAUAACUUUUAACAAUGAUAUAUAGUGAUAACGUUGCAAUCUAGACACGGAAUAUUCUAAAGACAGCUUUGCUUACUAAUGAGUUUAAAAUUUUUUUGAUACGAAAGGACCAAACCAAAGUUUUUCAUGAUAGACCAAAGAAGUAGACACAAUCAUUUUUUGUAGUCAAUAUAAAUCUGUGGUGUAAAUAAUUGUAGAUGAAAGUGCUUUGUUUUUUAAGAAAAGCCAUAUCCAAUCUUUUCCAUCGACAAUUCUGCACAUGAUGUGUAUAUAUUUGUAUAAAAGUUAUUUUAG